CUCUGAAAGAGAAAAGAAAGAAAAAUAAAAGAAAAAGAAAAAUAAAAAAUCCUAUUUGCUUCUUCUGAGCUGCAACCCCAGAGGGAAGGCUGCCAAGGACACACCCAAAACCCCUCGCUCCGACAGCCCUUUCCGAAUCAUUCUCUGAAGGAAAAAUCUUAAUAUAAAGACCCUCGACUAUCUGUUAUUUGCAAUCUCUGCCCCUUUCUGUCUCCGAGAGAUUUUGUUUAUAUAUGUCUACAUAUGCUCCGGAAAUGCCCUUCCGUUGAUUCACCGGGACUGCACUCUCGCGCCUCGCGAAACGACGACGUUUUAGUAAUCUAGUGGAAUUGUACGAGGCAUUUGAUUCUGGAUUGUUCCAGGCGUUUCUGCAAUUGAAGUGGUUCAGUUGCUUUCUGUUAUAAGUUCAGUACCUUGGGUGGUAUAAGAUUGAACUUUCUCCAAGAGGAUCCCAUGGAGCUGAAGGUUUCAUCUCCAAAGCCUAGUGGUCUAUCUCCAUCUGAUGGUGAGAGUGAUCCUGAGGAGAAAGAAAUCAGUGAUGAGGAUGAUGAUGAUCGUAAUCAUAAGCAUCGUAGGAGGGAGACACGGUCUCAGUCCCUGGAGAGAGAUUCUCUUGAACAGGUUUUAUCAAGGCCUUACAGGAAGCGUAACAAACCCUUUGAAAAUGGACAUUCUUUCAGAGAAAAUGAUUCUCAGUCAAGUGGAUCAUGGAAAAACUAUAACAUUUCCCCUAUGGAGAAAGACUUUUCUGGGAAGUUUGAGAAAAGGCGUCCCGGUUUAGCAACAUUUGCUCGGGCACCAUUAGAUUUGAAUCAAAGAACAAGGAUGAACCAAUCUUUUUCUGGUGAUUCUGGUCCUGUUAGGGGAAGAGGAAGGGACCCUGGUUCUUGGAACCAACGUGAUCCUAGAUUCAGCCAAGUUGAUAUUGCUUCUCAAAUGGUGCAAGGAUCCAUUCCCCCAGGUCUGUAUGCAGGAAGGGGGUUGCCUAAUGUUUCAAACACACAGAAUGCUUCUUGGAGUGGGUUUGGGCUACUUCCAGGAAUACCAAAUGGUGCUCUGGAUUCCCUCCAUUCAUUGGGUUUGCAAGGGACACUCAGACCACCUCUCAGUACUUCUCUGAAUAAGAGUAUUCCACGCCAACGAUGUAGGGAUUUUGAAGAACGUGGAUUUUGUCUAAGAGGAGACAUGUGCCCAAUGGAGCAUGGGGUCAAUCGAAUUGUUGUGGAAGAUGUUCAGAGUCUUUCACAGUUUAACCUCCCUGUUUCACUUCCAAGUGCACAUCUUCUGGGAACACCUGCUGGACCAGGGCCUUUACCUUCUGUUAAUGCGCCUCCAAGCACAUUGAUGAAUAGCAAAGGAUUUCAAAACAAAAGUGGCAAGCCUGAAGUGGCUGAGGAUGAGUUAGGACUGAAUGGUGCAUUUUCAGGUUCUGCUGUUGGAGGUGGAGCUGAGCUGUAUGAUCCUGAUCAGCCCCUUUGGAAUAACGAUUGUCCUGAAACACCAAGUGCACUAUUAGCCCUACAUUCGCCCAAGAUUGAUGAAACUGAGUGCUUGUUGGAUGCUAAUUCUUCUGAUCGUUAUCAUGCCAGAUUAUGUGACGGCUCAGAUAAUGGACGCCCAGUUAAAAACACUGGGACUACUGUUGGCUCACAGAGUACAAAUGUUUCUGUUUGGGGGAGAAUUGGUGGUGCAAAAGAUCGAUUAGAAGCAAAAGAGAAAAUUGAUUCUGUGAUAAGUUCCUCAGAUUAUCUCGAAAAUGAAGGUAAGGAAGAUCAGGAGGCAUUAACUAGUGUUCAAGGCACUUCUCGUCAAGGAAAGCGGAUUAUUGUAGAGGACAUUGGCUCAAAGAAUGUGGAUUUGUCCUCCAGGACACAAAGUGAUGCUAUGCGUAAUAUUAGGAAGCCAUCUCAAAAGGCGCUCCGUACUCUAUUUGUUAACGGCAUUCCACAGAAAAACAACAGAAAAGAGGCCCUCCUUUCACAUUUUCGGAAAUUUGGGGAGGUUAUUGACAUCUAUAUUCCAUUGAAUAGUGAACGAGCUUUUGUCCAGUUCUCUAAACGGGAAGAGGCAGAGGCUGCUCUACAGGCACCGGAUGCUGUAAUGGGUAACCGCUUUAUCAAGUUAUGGUGGGCUAAUCGGGAUAGCGUCCCUGAUGACAGCAUUAGCGGUGGCAACGGUGCAUCUGUAAUCCCCCAUGGUGUGACAGCUGCUUCAGUUCCAUCUCAUCCAUCUGCUGUCAAUAGGGCAAAAGAUAAUCUCCAAUCUGCAGCCCCAAAAGUUAAUGCUGUCCAUGCUAUUGAUGCUCCUUCUCCCACAUCUGAUCACUCUAAACCAAUUGUUACAAAUGGUCCCAAGGCUCCACCUCCUUUGCAAAAGAAACUAGAGAGUUUAGAGCUUAUGAAGGAGGAACUUCGCAAGAAGCAGGAAAUGCUGGAUCAAAAGCGGAAUGACUUCCGGCGCCAGUUGGAUAAGCUUGAGAAACAAGCCACAGGACUCAAGGGUGAAGUAGGAGCUGAGCAAGCUGCAAAGAGACCUAAAGUGGGAAUAGUAGGUGAUGCUGCAAAAGCUGCAACUCCAAGGUGCACUGAUCCGGGUAUUGCUGUGGGAUCGCCACAAACUGAAAUAACGAUGGAUAAGAACAAGUCUGCUGAGAAUGUUGUGCCCUAUAGUUCAAAAACAAAUUCAGCUAUGGUGCUGCUGGAGCCUACUGUCUUGAAGCAGUCAGUUCGUCCAUUAGCACUUGGUGGGACUCCUUCCCAAAUGAAUAGAUAUAAAUUGGACAACCGUCCUAUGGGAUUUAGGAUUAUGGCACCUUUACCAACAGGUCUUGCAAACGUGGGUGUUUUGAAGGAACACUUCUCAUCAUAUGGUGAUCUUUCCACUGUGGAACUAGAAGAUCUAGAAGCCCUCGAUGGUGGUAAUGGUUCAGAUGCAUCCAGAAAUUGCUCAGCUCGUAUAAUCUUCACAACACGUCGUUCAGCUGAAAGGGCAUUUGUAAAUGGUAAAUGCUGGCAAGGCCACAAUUUGCACUUUAUGUGGUUGAUAUCAAGUAAUUCUGGCAAUGAGCUCGGUGGCCGAGAAAGUUCUCCAUCUGCUUCUAAGGGGUCUUCAGAUGCUGAUCUUCAACCUGCAGGAAAGGUAGCAUGCAGUGUAUCUCUGGAAACAGUUCUCUCAGGAAAUGGAGAACCUGAAGAUUCAGAAAGAAAAAGUAGUAUGGAGCAUAAGGAACCUGAUGGAAAUUUUCAGGCAAGUCCGACUCUGUUGUGUGAGGAACAGUCACCAAAGAGCAAUGUUUGUUGAGGAUGGCAUAAUUGUCAAAUUUGUACAGUGAGGGUUUGCAUGUCUCAAGUCUGGGUUUGAUUCUGAUGACCAUGUUGUAGUUCAAAAGCAGGAGGCAGUACGAUCCAAAACGUAUUAUGCUUGGUGUUUACAAAUGUCCAGAGUGCCUGAUGGUACUCGUUUUGCUUGCUGCAUGUUGUGUUAAAUUGAUAAUACCAUGCUUGGAUUUAGGGCUUGCAUAAGAUGCAAUUCAACCCACAAAAUCAAUUGAAUGGAUCAUUUUUUUUUUAAAGUUCAGUUUGUUUAGUUUUUAUACAUUAAAAUCACAUAGAUCAUCCCUGCUUGGAUUUUGUUAUUUCUGCCACUUGAGGCCGCUGUAAACUGUUAUAAAUUUGUAACUCAUUUGGAGCAUACAUAUAAUUUGUCCCCAUAACUUUUUAGCUCA